AUGACAGAAGAUAAGCCUCCAUUAUCCGCGCUUCCUGAGUACAAUAUGCCCAAUUUUCUCAACCUAUUUCUUCCAUAUAACAUUAUCCCGCUUUUCAUCUACUCGUUGAUUUUUCGACUAGCUCGACAGUACGUGAAGACGAAUUUUUGGCUGAAAUUCGAGGGAUUCAAACGCUAUCGCCUCCAAAACCUAACAAUAUGCUGGGCCCAUGCCGUCGUCGUCGGUCUCGGAGACCUGAUUCUAAUGUUCACUCAUCCCCAUGAAAUCUUUCAUGAGGUUAUUGAAUGGUACGACCCGAUUGCCGCUCAACUCCCUCUGAUUUCUGUUGCAUAUUUCUUCCAAGACGCUAUCGAUAUGUUGAUGUAUGAAUGGUCCAGUUAUACCCUUGAACUUCUUCUCCAUCAUUUUGUCACCUGUGCGGCUCUUGUGUGUCCAGGAGUCACUGGAAGAUUCACACUGGCUGCUGGGUGGGCACUAUUGAUGGAAGUCAAUAGCAUCUUCCUCCACGCCCGUACAAUUCUUCAAAUCUGCGGACUCAACACCCGGUUUCCUGGAGUCUUCCGCGUUGUCGUCUACUCCAAUAUCAUCAGUUUCUUCUUCUUCCGAAUCAUCUCCCAACUUCUCUGGACCCAUUGGGCUAUCUACAAUGUCCCUGGUCUCCAUUGGUACUUUGUGAUGAUUGGAUUGUUGGGACCAAUUGUUUUCGGAUGUAUCAAUGGAUUAUUGUUCAUGAGAUUGUUGGCUGCGGAUGGAUUUUUGCCGGAGAACUUGAGAGCCAGAUUCGCAGUGACCAGGGAUAACAAGAAUGAGGAGAAGGAAAAGAAGUAG